UGUUUUUUAUUUGCAGUGUUUUAAUGGCUGGAAGAAGAGUUGUUGUCUUUCCCUCCUCAGCUGAGCUGGGUCCAGCAUUGGCUCACCUGGUCACGUCACGAGCUGAGAAGUCCAUUGCUUCCAAUGGCAGGUUCACCCUGGGUCUCUCAGGAGGGAGCCUUGUGUCCAUGCUCAGCAAAGAGCUGCUUGCUCUGCCCCAGCUGGACUGUAGCAAAUGGGUGGUUGGUUUCUGUGAUGAGCGGCUGGUUUCUUUCACUGAUCCAGAAAGCACAUACGGCCUUUACAAGAGUCAGUUGUUUUCCAAAAUCAACAUUCCUGACAGUGGAAUCUUGACCAUUGACUCCUCUCUGCCAGUGGAUAAGUGUGCAGAGGAUUACACAUGCAAAUUGAAAGAGGCCUUCCCAGGAGAUGACUUCCCUGUGUUUGACCUGUUACUGCUGGGUAUGGGACCAGAUGGACACACUUGUUCUCUUUUUCCAGACCAUCCCCUUCUAGAGGAAAAACAGAAGAUUGUGGCUCCCAUCAGUGACUCUCCAAAACCACCACCACAGCGCGUCACUAUGACUCUCCCUGUAGUGAACUCUGCACGCUGUGUGGCCUUUGUCUCAACAGGUGGAAGUAAAGCUGCUGUUUUGAAGGAUGUUCUGGAGGGUGGAAAAGCUCCAGCGUACCCAGCAGCUCGUGUCCUCCCAACCAGUGGUGAACUGUUUUGGCUCAUUGAUGAACCUGCUGCUACUGCCUUGACUAUCCAAGUUGAAAGGCUGGGUGCAGAAGCCAAACUUUAAAGCUCCUGGUCUGAUGAUGAAUUAGGAUACCAACACUGUUUAUAAGGAAGUACUGCAUUGGUGACAUGUUGCACUAGGAUGCAUAGAUAAAUAAAAAAAAUAUGCUUUUGUAACUUAGUACUUUCAGUGUGUGUAUAAAUGUAAUUUGCAUUGGGAUGUCUAACCUAAUCUUACUUAAGAACACCAAUUAAAAUACAA